AUGCACCAACCCAAGGAAACUCUUCUUAUCGAUUCGCCUAAUCCGCCUUACUCCCACUUCAUCAAGUACCGUUUCGAUAACCCGACACGUGAACAGUCUCCGUCGACCUCACUUUUUGCCGACAGAAAACGAGUGAUGAAAAUCCUGGGCGGAUUUUCAAUUAUUCUGAUUGUCACUUUUUUGGUCGCCGGGAGUCAUGGACAAGUAAGUAGCCUUUUAAAAAUGUUUUCAUGGAAAUUAUUUCAGUAUCAAAUUACUGGAUCCCCAACGCAACCAAAUAUGUUCACAAUUAACCCUACUACUUCUCCAAUUGGAAAAGGGUGCACUCUGAAUCCCGACGCGACCCCCAAAAAUCUGAAACAGUACACUGGAGACAUAUCUGACGCCUGUCUAGCUGGAGUUUCGUCGAAAUCUUGUGUAACAUGGAGGAUGACAAAUAUUGUUCUUCUAAAAGAUCCUCAAAAAGUAGAUGAGAAUUGCGACAGCAUAAAACAAUUUGUUAGCUCGACAACUAAUUCUUGCGACUUAAAAAGUUCGGUUCAAUACGUUUAUCCAGGACAAGACAAUAGCUGCAGUCCUUUGUUACCAUUUACCUCAAGCGCUCUGAAAAGAGCCACGUAUAACAGCAGCAAGGCUCUGGUGUCAAGCGCUUAUAUCAAUGAGCCUGGUCAACAAAUGUUCAUUCUUUUGAGCGAUGUGUCGAACUGUGUCACUAGAAACCCAAUAAUUACUGAUGCUGGGAUUUUGAACAUUUUCACAGACCUAUCAUAUAUCGACUUGUGUGAAGAUGGAUUUUUCAUGCAAGAUUUCCCCAAAGUUUUGAACAAACUGAUUGAUGCACAAUACAUUGUAAAGUUCUUUUUUUUGAAUCAGAAUUUGAAGGAUUCUCAAAGUUUAGUGGAAAACGUGCUCGCUGGAUGUAAAUACUUAAAUCCAAAAUGGUGGUGUGAAAUUGUCGACAUGAACCUUGAAAAAGAUGACACCAAAGAGUUUCAAAUUUGUCUUGCUGAAAAAGAAAAGAGCGAUUUUGAUUGGCAACUUUUGCUCAUUAUUGGAAUUCCGUGCGUGAGUUUGACUAUUUGUUGCAUCGCAUUUUUUGUAUGCUGUUUGAAAUGCGCCAAACUGAAAAUGGCAAUGAUGCGGAUGAAUGUUUUCUCGAAUGAGCAUAAUGCUGGAACAAUGGAGUUGCGGAAGAAAUGGUUGGGAAAACGAAAAGGGAUAAUGAAAGAUAUGGAGAUGGGAAGUUGCAAAGAACUAAACAAGCCACCUGGAUGGUCACAUUUUGCUUCGGCUAAUAAUUAUAUGGAUAUUCAAGCCCUUGCAAAUGCCAACAAAAAAGACAUCUGGGAGAUCGACACUAAAAAUCUAUUGGUUCAAGAAGACCAUCUUCUCGGAAACGGAGCAUUUGCCAAUGUUUUCAAAGGAAUUGUGAAAGGAAAAAUUCCACUUUUAGUUGUCAACAAUAGUUUGAAUAUGAUAGUUGAAUCAGAGAAUAAUGGCGGUCACUUCGAAGCAGCUGUCAAGAAACUUCCUGCUCAUGCCGAUGAACAGAAUCAUUUGGAUUUCUUUCAUGAAAUUGAUUUUAUGAAGAGGCUGGGACAUCAUCCGCAUGUUAUCAGUAUGCUUGGAUGUGUGUCAAACCCAUAUGAGCCGUUGAUAGUGGUGGAGUAUUGUUCCCGAUUAUGUGCUCAUGGUAUAUUUUUUUUUUCAAUAGUAGCCUGGCCGAAUUACGACUUCCAGAACAAAACCGAUGAUUGCCCAAUUGAAGCUGAUAUGUGUCUUCGUAUAAAAGACCUCGUCUCUAUUGCUUGGCAAGUUGCUGAUGGAAUGGCUUACUUGACAUCUAAAAAUUUCAUUCACCGAGAUUUGGCAGCUCGAAACAUUUUGCUAACAAAAAGUCUUACAGCAAAGAUCAGUGACUUUGGUCUAUGCCGGUAUAUGGAUUCAGCAUUAUACACCGCGAAAGGAGGGCGUCUUCCCAUUAAAUGGAUGUCUGUUGAAGCAUUGAAACUGUACGAAUUCUCCUCCAAAAGUGAUGUUUGGUCGUUUGGAGUGUUACUAUUUGAGAUUUUCUCAAUGGGCGAUGUUCCAUAUCCUACUGUUCAACAGGUUGACAUGCUUGAACAUUUGUUAGCAGGAGGACGAUUGUCGCAACCAAUAAAGUGUCCGAAUGAGAUUUUCUCCGUUAUGCAAAAAUGUUUUGCUGAGGAUCCAGAUCAUCGUCCAGAGUUUAAUGAAAUACGAGGGGAAAUUACGGUGAUGCUAAAUUUGGAUGAUGAGAGUUAUGGAUAUUUGAGUGUUCAAUCAGAAGGUGGUCCAAAGUAUACAUCACUGACCAUGCAGGAUUCAAAGUUUCAAGUUCUCAUCUUCAAAUAUUUUUACUCUAUUUCAGGAAACUGCACCAUGUCCAGCCAAGGAAAUUCUCAAGAAUUAGAUGAAGAUGGAGACUACGAUAGUGGAUCUGAGACCCACUCACAGAGCCCAUGUGCCAAGCUAGAUCAGGUGCUCACUGAAAGAUUUGGUGAGCAACAGUCUCAGGAAAUCAAGCAAAUCUUCUGUGAAAUAACUUCAAAAUCUAUCAAAAACAAAAUCAGUCGUCAGUCGGGCACCAGCAGCUCUCAUCGUUCAUAA